UCUCUCUCUCUCUCUCUCCAUCCAACGAACAGAACAGGACAGAUCAGAUCCAAACCCCUCAAAAAAGGGGAAAAAAAAGAAAUAUAUCAAAUUCCAGUUUCCUCGAAGCUUCUGCGAUUCCCGAUCGCCGCCAGACUUGCCCCAUCCUCAUUACUUCCGACUCCAGGAGCCCUCAACAGAUUCCGGAGCUGAACAGCGGCUAUGGCCAAGCAGAAGGAGGUGCUAAUGGCUGCUACAGCAGCCACCAGCCCCCCUCCCGACGAAGAGAUCGGCAAGGCGACCGCCAUGGUGUUCCAUGCGCAGACGCGGAGGAAGGCCACCGGAGGACUCAAGGCGUGGCUGAUCGUGUCCGAAUCGGGCGAAUCCCACGUCGAGGAGGUCGGCAGGCACUCCAUCAUGCGCAGGACCGGCCUGCCCGCUCGCGACCUUAGGGUUCUCGACCCCGUCCUCUCCUACCCUUCCUCCAUUCUCGGGAGAGAGAGGGCAAUCGUCGUCAACCUGGAGCACAUAAAGGCCAUCAUCACCGCCACCGAGGUCCUCAUGGUCAAUUCUAACAGCCCUCUGGUUUUCCAGUUCGUACGGGAUCUUCAGAACCGUAUUUCUACCUCCAAUUUGGCCCCUCCUCAACAGGUGAAAGACGAGAACAGCGGCUCGGGAAUAGAUGUGCCAGUCGUUGCAGGUCCUAAGACUUUGCCAUUUGAGUUCAGAGCUCUUGAAGCUUGUCUUGAAUCUGCAUGCAGGUGCCUGGAGUCUGAGACUCAAACCCUUGAGGAAGAGGCGUAUCCAGCAUUAGAUGAGCUCACUUCCAAAAUUAGCACGCUCAACCUGGAGCGUGUUAGACAGAUAAAGAGUCGACUGGUUGCUAUCUCUGGCCGAGUGCAGAAGGUGAGAGACGAGCUUGAACAUUUGCUUGAUGAUGACAAUGACAUGGCUGAAAUGUAUUUGACUGAGAAGCUUUUGACUCGCUCGCUAUAUAGCACCUCAUCCAGAAGAGAGGAAAUUGGCAAUCUUGAAGCUGAAGUGGAUGACAAAAGGUCUGAAGAAUCUGAUCAGGAGGAAGAAUCUGAUGGUGAAGAAGCCGGUGACGUCAAGCCAAACAUCGAGGAGUUGGAGAUGCUUUUAGAAGCCUAUUUCGCUCAAAUCGAUGGCAUACUACAAAAGCUCUCUGAUAUGAACGAUUACGUGGAUGACACGGAGGACUACAUCAACAUCAUGUUGGAUGAUAAGCAGAACCAACUGCUGCAGAUGGGAGUAAUGCUCUCUACUGCAAACAUGAUAAUCAAUGCGGGCAUCGUUGUUGUCGGGCUGUUUGGUAUGAAUAUUACGAUAAGUCUCUUCAGUGCCCCUCACAUUAAGUUCUGGCAGACCACCUUUGGGACAAUCGGGGGCUGUGUUGCUCUGUAUGUAUUAUCAGUCGGAUGGGGGUGUGGUCAGCGUCCUUGGAUCUCCGAAGAUUCGGACAAAAUCAAAUGCGCCAUUCUCCCUAGUUGAGCAUUGAACUUUGGAUGGUUGAGAUUUGCUUCCUUUUUUUCCCAUUGAUAAAUUGGGCUUCUGAAGGUUUAGGCCGCUCGAGUGAUAGCUCAGGCUUGUGAGUUUGCUCAGCUUGCCGGACAUUUUGGAGACUAUUGGGCCAAAGAAAGAGCUUUACAGUUGGUCUCAAGGAAAAUUCGAGCUUGGGUAACGUUUGAGUCUGUACUGAAAUCAGCCUGUUUAAGCAGCAUCAUCAUCGUACUACCAUGUAUAGAAUGGUUUCUGGGUUUGGACUAUGGAAUUCUGCUGAUAAUUCAAUCCUCCCUUUUGAUCUUA